AUGUCCACCAAGGUCAGGAAGUGCAAGGAGCAAGCGAGGGUGACCUUCCCCGCGCCGGCGGCGGAGGAGGAGGAGGAGGAGGAGGGAGAGGACGAAGGCUCGGAGCCGCAGCGCCGCCGGCGGGGCUGGAGGGGCGUCAACGGGGGGCUGGAGCCGCGCUCCGCGCCCUCAUCGCGGGAAGCGCACAGCUACUGCCCGCAGGGCUUCUCCCCGGGGCUGGACAUGUCUAUGGAGGAAAGCCCAUCUCUGAGGCGCAAGACUGUGAUGCGGGAGAAGGGCCGGCGCCAGGCGGUCCGGGGCCCGGCUUUCAUGUUCAAUGACCGGGGUACCAGCCUCACAGCCGAGGAAGAGCGCUUCCUUGACGCUGCCGAGUAUGGCAACAUCCCUGUGGUGCGCAAGAUGCUAGAGGAGUCCAAGACGUUGAACGUCAACUGCGUGGACUACAUGGGCCAGAACGCGCUGCAGCUGGCCGUGGGCAACGAGCACCUGGAGGUGACGGAGCUGCUCCUCAAGAAGGAGAACCUGGCGCGAAUCGGCGACGCCCUGCUGCUUGCCAUCAGUAAGGGCUACGUGCGCAUCGUGGAAGCCAUCCUCAACCACCCUGGCUUCGCAGCCAGCAAGCGCCUGACCCUGAGCCCCUGUGAGCAGGAGCUGCAGGACGACGACUUCUAUGCCUACGACGAGGACGGCACUCGCUUCUCUCCCGACAUCACGCCCAUCAUCCUGGCGGCGCACUGCCAGAAGUACGAGGUGGUGCAUAUGCUGCUGAUGAAGGGUGCCAGGAUUGAGCGGCCACACGACUAUUUCUGCAAAUGCGGAGAUUGCAUGGAGAAGCAGAGGCACGACUCUUUCAGUCACUCACGAUCAAGGAUCAAUGCCUACAAGGGGCUGGCCAGCCCAGCUUACCUGUCCUUGUCUAGUGAGGACCCAGUGCUCACCGCCCUGGAGCUCAGCAAUGAGCUGGCCAAGCUGGCCAACAUAGAGAAGGAGUUCAAGAAUGACUACCGGAAGCUCUCCAUGCAAUGUAAAGACUUUGUAGUGGGUGUACUGGAUCUUUGCCGAGACUCAGAAGAGGUAGAAGCCAUUCUGAAUGGAGAUCUGGAAUCAGCAGAUCCUCUAGAGAUACACAGGCAUAAAGCUUCACUGAGUCGUGUCAAACUUGCUAUUAAGUAUGAAGUCAAAAAGUUUGUGGCUCACCCCAACUGCCAGCAGCAGCUCUUGACAAUCUGGUAUGAGAACCUCUCAGGCCUACGGGAACAGACCAUAGCUAUCAAGUGUCUGGUUGUGCUGGUGGUGGCCUUGGGCCUUCCAUUUCUUGCCAUCGGCUACUGGAUCGCACCUUGCAGCAGGCUGGGGAAAAUUCUGCGAAGCCCGUUCAUGAAGUUCGUGGCACAUGCAGCUUCUUUGAAGAUUUUUCCUCCAUUUAACUUUGCCCAGGGCCUCAGGGGACUGAACAAUAGCUGGUGUUUGGCGGUGCCUGGAAUGAUGUGGUCUGAGUGUAAGGAGCUCUGGCUGGAAGGACCUAGGGAAUAUAUUUUGCAGUUAUGGAACGUGCUGGACUUUGGGAUGCUUUCCAUCUUCAUUGCUGCUUUCACAGCCAGAUUCCUAGCUUUCCUUCAGGCAACAAAAGCACAACAGUAUGUGGACAGUUAUGUCCAAGAGAGUGACCUCAGUGAAGUUACACUUCCACCAGAGAUACAGUAUUUCACUUAUGCCAGAGAUAAGUGGCUCCCUUCUGACCCUCAGAUCAUAUCCGAAGGCCUCUACGCCAUAGCUGUUGUGCUCAGCUUCUCUCGGAUCGCAUAUAUCCUGCCUGCAAACGAGAGCUUUGGCCCUUUGCAGAUCUCUCUUGGAAGGACUGUGAAGGACAUAUUCAAAUUCAUGGUCCUCUUUAUCAUGGUGUUUCUUGCCUUUAUGAUUGGCAUGUUCAUACUUUAUUCUUACUACCUUGGGGCUAAAGUAAAUGCUGCUUUUACCACUGUAGAAGAAAGUUUCAAGACUUUGUUUUGGUCAAUAUUUGGGCUGUCUGAAGUCACUUCCGUUGUGCUCAAAUAUGAUCACAAAUUCAUAGAGAAUAUUGGCUACGUUCUUUAUGGAAUAUACAAUGUAACUAUGGUGGUCGUUUUACUCAACAUGUUAAUUGCUAUGAUUAAUAGCUCGUAUCAAGAAAUUGAGGAUGACAGUGACGUAGAAUGGAAGUUUGCCCGUUCAAAACUUUGGUUAUCUUAUUUUGAUGAUGGAAAAACAUUACCUCCACCCUUCAGUCUAGUUCCUAGUCCAAAGUCAUUUGUUUAUUUCAUCAUGAGGAUCAUUAACUUCUCCAAAUGCAGAAGGAGCCGGCUACAGAAGGAUAUAGAAAUGGGAAUGAGUAAUUCCAAGUCCAGGUUAAACCUCUUCACUCAGUCUAACUCAAGAGUUUUUGAAUCACACAGUUUUAACAGCAUUCUCAACCAGCCAACACGUUAUCAGCAGAUAAUGAAAAGACUUAUAAAGCGAUAUGUUCUGAAAGCACAAGUGGACAAGGAAAAUGAUGAAGUUAAUGAAGGUGAAUUAAAAGAAAUCAAACAAGAUAUCUCCAGCCUUCGUUAUGAACUUUUGGAGGACAAGAGCCAAGCAACUGAGGAAUUAGCCGUUCUGAUUCAUAAACUCAGUGAGAAACUGAAUCCUAGCAUGCUGAGAUGUGAAUGAUUCAGUAAUCUGGAAUAAUGGCUUUGACUAUAGCACAAAUGUGGGCAAUAAUAUUUCUAAGUAUGAAAUACUUGAAAAACUAUGGUGUAAAUUUUUAGUUUUAACUGCCUUUAUCAUGUGAAUCUUUACAAGUUAGGUCUUAAUGAUCCUACUGUUUUGAAAAUGGUCUUCAUUUUGAUUGUCUGCCUUGACAUUAUAAAUGAUGACAUGCCAUUGUAUUUAAAGGCCCAGUAUUAUUACAUUAGUGACAUUUUUGUCCACUUUAGAAUAAACUCUAUGUCUUUGCACUACCUGUUUGCCUCAAAGGGACUGAAAGCUCCUUGGGGACAGGGACCAUGUCUUAUUCAUCUUUGUGUCUCCAGCAUCUAGUACAGUGCCUGGUACAUGGUAGGUGCUCAAUAAAUGUUGAAACCAACUGAACUGAACUGCCAACAAAAUAUAAAUAAAAAUAAAAAGGUCAUCACUAUGUAGCAUUCUUUCCCUUGUUCAAAUGCUGAAGACAUUUUUGUUUUUAAAUAGAAACAUGAAAUUUUAUUACUGGCUAUGACUUGGUAAGAUUUCUUAGAAUUUUUGUCAUCACUCAUAAUCCUAGAACCUUUGAGAAUUUAAUAAUGAUUUGAAGAAUGAAUGAAUGAAUGAAGAAUUUAACAAUGAAGUGGGUUAAUAGAGAAUAUAAUUACAUAUUUAAGAUUCAUAGAAUUGUUCAAAAUAACACAUUAAAGAUUUUUCUAAAGUAUA